AUGCAUUGCAGGUGGUAUAUUGUGGCGGCGGCUCUCUUGAGGCCUUUUGCGGCCUCCGCAUAUUCGUUUUCAACCACCGGAACGACCCUGCAGCUCAAUGGCAUCGCUUACUACGUACCGCCUCAUGCAGUCGGAAAAGUUCCGAGAGCCGUGUUUGAGGUUGAUGAAAACAUUGGACUGCUUCCAAUUACUGUUCUCAACACGGACGAACAGUCAUUGAGUCUUGAUGAUGUCAAUAAAAUCACAGCGACGUUUUCGAGGGCGGAUGAUGUCUAUCAACCUGGUUUUGCCAAAGGCUUCUAUGUGCAGAGAAGGAAUGCUCGCAAUGAGAGAGGUGAUGUUACGGUGCUGGGUAAUUCUACCGCUUUUUGGGUUUCCCAAGCUCAAGAUAACAAUCCUCUCCCCGAUGGCCCGUACUUCGUCUCUACUACUGGACGCAUCUACCAAGCCUACAGGCUGUACGCCGAUGUCCAAGGGGCAUUUAGUGAAUCCUCAAUCUUGAAUCAAGAUGGCUCGUAUUCGGUUCUUCCAGCCAACCUACCUGGUCAUUCCCUUGCAGUUGCCGUCCCUUCGAGACUCUACUAUACAAGAACUACCAAAAAGCCGCUGGCUGGUGUUAGACUCGGGAUCAAAGACAUUUUCAACGUCCAAGGGCUCAAGACCUCGAAUGGCAACAGGGCUUGGUAUAAUCUUUAUCCAGCGGCGAAUAGAACGGCACCUGCUGUUCAGAACCUGCUCGACGCUGGCGCUGUCAUUGUCGGAAAGAUGAAGACGAGUCAGUUCGCAAACGGAGAGUCGGCUACUGCUGAUUGGGUGGAUUACCAUGCGCCAUUCAACCCUCGAGGGGACGGGUACCAAGAUCCAUCAUCCUCUUCUGCUGGCCCGGCUGCCGGCGUAGCUGCUUAUCCAUGGUUGGACAUCGCCCUUGGAUCUGAUACUGGAGGUAGCAUCAGGUCACCAAGUCAAGUUCAAGGGAUCUAUGGGAAUAGGCCAAGCCAUGGGCUGGUUUCACUGGGUGAUACCAUGCCCCUCUCACCUCAUUUUGACACGGCUGGCCUAUUUUCUCGUGAUCCUGCUCUUUGGAAAACAGCCGCCCAGGCGUUAUAUGGCACAAACAUCAGCUUAAAUGAUUCUUACCCUUCAAAUAUCCUCACGAUUGGCUUUCCCACCCAGGCCGAAUCUGAGCUGAAUAUCAUCCUCACUCAGUUUCUGGCUAACCUGACCGACUUUCUCUCGGCCAAGGCUACUCCUUUUAACCUUGAAGAGCGCUGGAAUAGCACGAACCCUAGCGCCCCCUCUGUAUCGACCUUGCUCAAUAACACAUACGAGAUUGUAUCGGCAAAGGAGCAAGCAAGACUUGUGCGAGAUCCCUUCUUUAGAGAUUAUGGAGCUGCUCAUGAUGGAAGGCGGCCCCAUGUCAACCCUGCGCCCCUGAACCGUUGGGCAUUUGGCGACAACUCAACGGCGACCGUUGAGCAGGGCAUCGCAAACAAGACUCAAUUCAUGGAAUGGUUCAACACCAGAAUAUUAUCUCAUGACGCGAAAUCAUGUUCUCACAACCUGCUCGUCUAUGUUCCGAGAACGCCUGUGCCAGUUUACAGAGACACUUACCGGACGGGCCCGCAAGUCCCAAAAGCCUUUUCGACAAGUCGGAUAUCAGUCAUGAGCGAGACACCUGAUAUGGUUGUGCCAAUUGGACAGGUGGCUUACCAUUCUUCAAUUACUUCUCACACAGAAUACUUGCCUGUUACCGUGGACAUGAUGGCCGCAAAAGGUUGUGAUGGCAUGUUAUUCUCCCUUGUUCAGCACUUAUACGAGGCCGGCAUCUUGGGAGUCAGUCAAACGGGGACCAGUCAUGUUACUGGAGAUGAAGUUUUAGUCUAG